AUGCCUGCAUGCGAACAAAAGUCAUGCUUAGACCACAAUGUGGCACAGACAUCUGAUUUGGCCCAAUUUGCCUUGACAUCACUGCUUUCUUUCAGGGCAUCAGGCCAGAGGCACCAGCAAGGAAACAGUGGAGAAAGUGCAGCAAACAGUGAACUGCAUCAGCGCCAAGAGUUAUGUCACUGGCCCUGCAGAUGCCCACCUGUGCCAAGCUGCAGUCCUGGGGUGAGCCUGGUGAGAGAUGGCUGUGGAUGUUGCUGGAUGUGUGCCAAACAAGCAAACACCACCUGUAAUGAAGCAGAGGUCUGUGACCAGCACAAGGGACUCUACUGUGAUUAUUCUGCAGAUAAGCCUAGGUAUGAAAGAGGAAUAUGUGCAUAUAUCAUAGGUGUUGGCUGUGAGCUGAGUGGGGUGUACUAUACCAAUGGUCAAUCUUUCCAGCCUUGUCCUCUCUUUUCGUGCCUGUGUGUGAAUGGUGCAAUUGGAUGCACACCGGUAUUCAUCCCAAAGUCAGCAUCAAAUGACUGCGCAUUGCUGAAAGACAAAAAGAAAGCUGGACGUUCCAAAUGUGCUUCAGGGCAUUUGGAAGCGUGGCGGUCAAGACAUCAUCGAAUAAUGUCAGCUUUCAGAAAUGUUCCUCUUGUUUUGAAAAAGAAAUGCCUGAUACAAACAACUCCAUGGACACCUUGCUCUCGAACUUGUGGUAUUGGCAUCUCUGACAGGGUGACCAAUGGAAACAGUAAAUGUGAAAUGAGGAAGGAGAAGAGACUGUGUUAUAUCCAGCCCUGCCAAGCAAAUUUUACGAAGAUUCUGAAGAUUCCAAAAGGAAAAACAUGUCGGCCCACAUUUCAGCUUGCUGAAGCUGAGAAGCUAGUCUUCUCUGGUUGCACAAGUAGACAAAUAUACAAACCGAUGUUUUGUGGAAUCUGCCUGGAUAAGAGAUGCUGCAUACCCAAUAAGUCUGUAAUGAUUACAGUACAGUUUGAUUGCCCUGAAGAAGCACCCAUCAAGUGGAAGAUGAUGUGGAUUACAUCUUGUGUUUGUCAGAAGAUAUGCAAUGAACCAAGAGACUUGUUUUCUGAACUCAGGCUUUUAUAAGAAAUGUGUGGGAAGUAAAUACCUCCUCCUUCUUUUUUUACCAUGAAAAAGGUGGACACGUCCAUACUGGAUGCCAUUCACUACCCAGUAU